AUGUCACAACAUACGUCCCUCCCGAUGCAGUCGCUAGGCAUCGACGAGAAACACGACCCCAUCAAUGGCCAUUCGCGUCCUUCUGUCGGUACGCCCGGCCUGAGUGGCAUGGGAGCCACAACUUCGGGCCCUUCUGCUCAUUCUAAUGGCAUUUUGCCUGGGGCAGGGGGAAAGGGUCAGGAUAACAAGAAGAAGAUGCAUCCCGCUGUCAUCAUUGUGCUGUGGAUCGCCCUGUCCAGCAGCGUCAUUGUGUACAACAAGUGGGUAGCAACUGGUCUUGGCUUCCCCUACCCUGUCUUCCUCACUACCUUCCACAUGGCCCUCAACACCGUCGGCACGCGCCUCCUGGCGCGCUACACCCGCCUCAUGGACGGCCUUCGCGACGUAGAGAUGACCUCGGAGCGAUGGUACCGCAACAUCCUGCCCAUCGGUGCUCUCUUCUCCGGCUCUCUCGUCCUGAGCAACAUGGCAUACUUGACACUCAGCGUCUCCUUCAUCCAGAUGCUCAAGGCUUUCACACCUGUUGCCGUCCUCCUCAUUUCGUUUGCAUUUGGUCUCAAGCAGAUGAGUGGGAUGCUCACCGCCAUCGUGUGCGCCAUUUCCUUUGGUGUGGCGACGGCGUCGUACGGAGAGGUCGAGUUCGCUAUGGAUGGCUUCAUCUGCCAAAUCCUGGCCAUUGGAUUCGAGUCGUCGCGCCUUGUCAUGAUUCAAGUUCUCCUCCAAGGCCUCAAGAUGGACCCUCUCGUCUCCCUCUACUACUUCGCCCCCGUCUGCGCAGCCAUCAAUGCCUGCCUCAUCCCCUUCACCGAAGGAUUCGCCCCCUUCCUCGACCUGGGCAAGCUGGGACCCUUCGUCCUCCUUUCCAAUGGAAGCGUCGCCUUCGGCCUCAACGUCGCUGCCGUCUUCCUCAUCGGUGCGGCGAGCAGUCUGGUGCUCACGUUGGCGGGUGUCAUCAAGGACAUCAUGCUCAUCAUGGCUAGCAUGAUCUUCUUCGGCUCUAGCAUCACGCCCAUUCAGUACUUUGGAUACGCUAUUGCGCUCGGUGGACUCGUCGCCUUCAAGCUGGCGCCCUCAAAGUAA